AUGGGCAGGGGAAGAGGCAGGGGAAGGAAGCCCAUCGCCAAUGGCAGGAGCCAUGAAGACAAGAUGAGCAGCGGCGAAGAGGUCGUGCCUGCCAGGAAGAGGAGAGGAAGGCCCCAAAAGCAGCGCGCCCCGGACAAAGUCGAUAUACCAGCAGAACCCAAGAACUCGGCAGCGGGCGUUCAUGGCGAUGCAGAAGGAGGCGACGCAAAGCUCAAGGAGAACGACGACCCUGAAGGCAAUGGCAACAAGAGGAACAGGGCGCCCAAGGAGGAGAGCUCGAACCUCGACAUGGAGGAGAACAGCUCGAGCACCCGGUCCAGCAACGACGAGUCGACGACGACGACCAGGUCCAGCGGCUUCCGGCAGAACGGGAGCCGCCGGAAGAGCACGCCCCGGCGAGCCGCGGAGGCGGGCCUGUAG